ACCUUCCACGAACUAAUUUUAGACGUUUAUCAUUUGAUCACUGCAGUUUGUCGCUGCAGCCAUUUGAAUACCCAGUUUGCACACCAGAUGGGACAGUCUUUGACAUACUGAGCAUUGUUCCUUGGAUAAAGAAAUAUGGAACCAAUCCAAUCACAGGAGAAAAACUAGAUGCCAAAUCACUUAUAAAGCUGAAUUUUGCUAAAAACAGCGAAGGUAAAUACCACUGUCCAGUGCUGUUUACUGUAUUCACCAAUAACUCCCAUAUUGUGGCCAUCAAGACAACUGGAAAUGUGUUUGCGUAUGAGGCAGUUGAGCAGCUGAACAUAAAACCAAAGAGCUACAAGGAUCUUUUGACAGACGAGCCCUUCACUCGGCAAGACAUUGUGACGCUGCAGGAUCCAACAAACUUGGAUAAGUUCAAUGUCUCAAACUUCUUUCAUGUGAAGAACAACAUAAAAGUAAUUGAUCCAGAUGAAGAAAAAGCAAAAUUAGAUCCAUCUUACUAUUUGAAAAAUACAAAUACAGAGACCCGAGAGACUUUACUGGAGCUUUAUAAGGAGUUCAAAGGUGAUGAUAUUCUUGCAGCUACUAUGAAGCCUCCUGAAAAGAAGAAAGUGGAUAAGCUGAAUGCAGCUCAUUAUUCCACUGGAGCAGUAAGUGCUUCCUUCACCUCCACUGCAAUGGUGCCUGAAACUACCCAUGAAGCAGCUGCUAUUGAAGAAGAUGUUGUGAGGUACAAAUACGUGAAGAAGAAGGGCUAUGUGCGACUUCACACUAACAAAGGAGACCUGAACUUGGAGCUGCACUGUGAUAUGACACCCCGAACAUGUGAAAACUUUAUCAAAUUGUGCAAGAAGAACUAUUACGAUGGAACAAUUUUUCACAGAUCAAUUCGUAAUUUUGUGAUCCAAGGAGGUGAUCCAACUGGAACGGGGACAGGAGGAGAAUCUUACUGGGGAAAACCUUUCAAAGAUGAAUUUAAGCCCAAUUUGUCCCACACAGGACGUGGUGUUCUUAGUAUGGCCAAUUCGGGACCCAACACAAACAAAUCGCAGUUCUUCAUCACAUUCCGCUCUUGUGCGUAUCUGGACAAGAAGCAUACAGUUUUUGGAAGGGUGGUUGGUGGCUUUGAGACUCUGACUGCUAUGGAGAAUGUGGAAAGUGACCCAAAAACAGACCGUCCCAAGGAGGAAAUACGAAUUCAGGCAACAACUGUUUUUGUUGAUCCAUAUGAAGAGGCAGAUGCCCAGGUUGCUGCAGAAAGAGAGAAGGUCCAGCUAGAAGAAGAAGCAGCCAAAGUAAAAGCUGAGGUGGUCCAACCAAAGAAAGAGGUCGAGACUCCUAAAACUUACCGGCAGGGGAUUGGGAAAUACAUUAACAUGGCUGCAGCGAAGCGCAGCGUGGAAGAUGACGGGCCCUCAACCAGUACAGCUGCGAAGAAAGACAAGAAGAGCACAGGCUUCGGGGACUUCAGCUCCUGGUAGCAGUGCAGGGAGCCCAGCACUGGAGCAGCACAGCAGAAAAAAAAAGAAAAGGCCGCCUCCCACAUGUCCCCGAAGAGCCCAAAAGACAGCCUGUCCUGGGGAGGGAAGGCACCAGCCUGCCCUUCCACUGGGAAGGAAAACUGUUGCUUUGUUAAGGCUGGUUAAUGUGGCUUUGUUUUCUAGAGAGCUGCGUUCCCCCACUGCAUCUUCCUCGAAGGCCUUUUUGUUGUUGUCUUGCUAAGCGGGGAGCGGGCAGCCCAGCUCUGCUGGGGAUUAGCUGGAGCCUUUUGCUGCUUGGCUGGCAGCAGCCCAGGCAGAGCCCGAGCCUUGCAGGACGCUACUUCAGUGAACGCUACGGUGGUGAAAGAGCUCCUUUUACAGGUAAUCAUUUCCAGACCAGCCAAGUCUGCUGAGUGAAGGGAUGAAUUAAUGUGCUGGGGAGUGCCUGUGCUGCUGUAGCACUUUGCGGGGAGGGGAGGAGAGGGCUCCAGCCUGUCCUGCGCUUCCCUUCCCGCUGCCUUCUGCUCCUUCUCAACAAGGACCAGUCUCUUGCUGU